CUCCCCAGGAGGCUCAGAGGAGAGAUCUAUAACAUGAACACAUAUAGCUAAAAGUCCUUAAGACUUCAAACAGAAAAGUGAGACUCACUGAAAGAGCACCAUCAGCAAAUCUGGGAUUGUAUUACUGAGAGCGGCAUUACAGAGAUCCAGGGAGACGCAAGACUUGAGACCAUGAAAAUUCUUGUAUGGGCGAAGCAUGGCAAAUGUUCUCAAAUAUGCUGUUUACAGAGAAAACAACAUAACAUUUCCAGUGCUUGAGGGAGAUCUGCUCUGAAUGCUUGAUGUGAGAGGUGGGUGGUGCUGCAGUGAUGGCUGUUGGCAUAUGGACCCUAGUUGAAAAAAGCGACUAUCUGAAUAUCCUGGCAUCUAGUACAUUUGCUGUGUCUGCAUACAUCCUGAUCUUUGCAGGAGGUCUUGUGAUGAUUACAGGUUUUCUGGGAUUCUGUGCAAUCAUCAGGGAACAAAGGAGCUGUCUUUCCGCAUAUUUCUCCAUGCUUCUCUUGAUCUUCCUUAUCGAGCUGGUUGCUGGAGUUCUUGCCUAUGUUUACUAUCAAAGGCUAAGCGAGGAGCUGAAACAGCACCUGACCCAGACCCUGACUGAGAAUUAUGCUCUUCCUGGGAAAACACACAUCACACAUUCCGUCGAUCGCCUGCAGCAAGACUUCAAAUGCUGUGGCAGCAAUAGCUCUGCUGAUUGGCAGCACAGUGUCUAUAUCCUGUCUGUAGAGUCCAGUGGCCGAGUGGUACCAGAUAGCUGCUGUAAAACAAUCACCUUCAAAUGUGGGAAGAGGGAUCAUCCAUCUAACAUUUACAAGGUGGAGGGAGGAUGCAUUACUAAACUGGAACAGUUCCUGGCAGAUCACCUUUUGAUAAUGGGAGCUGUUGGCAUAGGAGUAGCUUGCCUUCAGGUCUUUGACACCGUUGAUUGGAAUCCCAGCAGCACCAGCACGUUGUCUACACUUCAUGUUACCUCUGGUGAAGCUGAACUGGUAGGAGCAGCAGCAGGAAAUUUGAGGAAAAUAAGUCUAGCAUACACAAGGUCUGAGUGUGCUUUUCUGUCAUUUGUUCCUUGGAACCAGUGCUGUUAUUUCAUUUAUACCUGAGAUCAUCUGGAUUUACAUGUAAGGCUCACGUCUUUAAAUUGUGUGAUCUUAGUCUAAUAGCUGAUAUCUACAGCUGAGCUUGGCAUAAAUAGGAGAUAUAAGGAUUUCAAAUUUGGGACCUCUGGCUGAUGCCACAUAGGCUUCUCCCAAUGCUGAUCUGGCCCAUAGUUUCUUCUAACAGUGUAUGCCUGGUUUUUCGUUUUAUUAAAUGAUAAAUCAGGCAGUGACCUUAGAACAGAAAUUUUCUGACUGAGUGGCUUUUGAGGCCGGCUUAAGCCACUUCCGGGUUUGUUUGUUUUUAAAGAGUGAGCAGAUACAAUAGCAGAGAUUUGUCUAGGAAAAGAAGCAUGUAUGGAUGACUACCAGAGAACAGGUCAAUAUGACAGACAGUUCCUUCAGUCUCCAUGUGUUUGGAUGGAUGGAUGACAGUCUUGAACAAAAUAUCAUUUUUAUAGAUGGGAGGUUCCUUGGUGAGCUCAUUUCCUGUCUCUGGAUGGGAAAGUUUGUUUGGAAAACAAGCUUCCCCAGCCUUCUCUGUGAAUGGAACAAUUAAGUGAAACAGAGGGAGAAUAACAUCAUUUCAGACCUCUAGGGAUAGCACCAGUUUACACUAUUCAAGUGGCAAGUAGCUGUAUUAUCUUAAAAAAUAAGAAAGCUGUCUGGGAUGAGCUAAAGUGGAAAUGAGGCAGCAAUGUUCUUUUAUCCUCUUAAUUUACCUUUUUCCUCACAACUUGCCCCAAGGUCACACAGUAAGUCACUGACUCCUGGGAACAGAACCCAGACUUUUGUAUUUUUCAUGGAUGCAUGUAUUCCAAGGCCAGAAGGGGACCAUUGUGAUCCUCUAGUCUGACCUCCUGUAUAACACAGGGCAUACCUAACAGAAUUCCUUUUGAACUGGAGCAUAUCAUUAAAAAAUAAAACCAAUUCCAACUCCAUUUUCAAAUUUCCAGUAAUGAUGAUCUAUCAAAACCCUCUAUAAAUUGUUCCAAUGGUUAAUGACCCUCCCUGUUAAAAAUCUGUGCCUUAUUUUCAGUCUGAAUGUGUCUAGCUUCAGCUUCAAGCCACUGGGUCAUAUUAUACCUCUGUCUGCUAAACUGAGAAGCCCAUUAUCAAAUAUGUGUUUCCUAUGUAGGUAAUUUUAGACUGUGAUCGGGUCACCCCUUAAUACUCUUCAGCUAACUAGAUGGAGCUCCUUGAGUCAAUCACCAUAAGGCAUGGUUUUCCGUCUCUCUGUCUUGUCUUUUAACCACUAGACAAUGCUGCUCCCUUUGAAAAUGUUUUUUCCCUUCUGGAACAUUGGUAUAAGACUCCAUUUCUCUCAGGUUCUUAUAGCAGAGAGACAUGCACUUUUCUGCUCAAAGGUCUAGUAAAGCUUCCCUUUUAUGUUGCACAAGCUGGAAACUCAGCAGAGAAAAAAAACCCAGGGAGUUUUAGGUCUACCUUAGAUCUGAGAUAUUUGUAGAGAUCAGGGGAAAUAUCAGAAAUUCCAUGUGAACCCUGGAACAGCUAAUUUAGUAUCCGUUGUAGUAUAGAGGCUUGUGGCUACUAAGCAGGGACACCUGGGGGUAACUUUUUCCCUUUGGUUCUUUGUUCAGCACAAGGUUUUACUGAUCUUGUGGCGUUAAAUGUGCAGAAGUCUUCUCGGAAUUUGUGGAGCUGAUCUCAGCACUUUUGAUGUAGAAAAGAUUUCGGAUGCAGACAUCUCUUGUCCACUCAUUGUGACUUUGUCACAAUGGGAAAUAGGCUUGUUUGUUUCCCUCCUUCAGUGGUUUCUAAUAGGUACUGCUGGUGUCUCACAGUACACCUCAGGAAAUGGUACGUGGUCCUGCCCCAUCUCUAGUCAUCCUAGCAACUGUGGUAACGGAGGUAAUUCUGAUUACUUGUUAUUGGCAGAGAUGGGAGGAUGUAAUCCUAAUGCCAGCUAAACAACUGCACAGUCCCCUUCCAAUGUUGGCACUGUAAUGAAUGGAAAAGAGAGAGGAAGAAUCCGGGUUAUUACAGCUUGUCCCUGGAAAUCUUCCAGAUUCCAUAACUGACAAGGAAUUGCCCCAUAGCUCAGCAUGAUUUGGAAAUAAGAUUAAAAGUAUUUCAUACUGAAUAGUGGUCUCCAGAAAAAAAAAAAUUACAGUAAAAUUACAAUAGAUUU